UGUGAAGAACCUUCGUGCUCUGUACAGGAGUGCCUUUUGAGCCAUUGCAGUGUCAGCAAUCAGAAGAAAAUGCAAAAAUUCAUCUCAAUAGCUUGGAACGCGUGGGAAAUUUUUAUAUCUGAAAGGAGGCCUGACUGGAAAUAUCAGAUGCAGCUUUUUGCAAUUUGCUCUGCAGUUGGCUUCCUCUCCAGCUUCCUAUUUUUCCUUAGCAUGCAUUUCUCCUUGGCACACCACUCUUUGGGGCCCUUACUGAUUUCUGCAUUAAUCUGGAUUUUGCUUUCUAUCAUGCUCUUCUGUUUCAAGCAACUGCGCUGUUUUAGUGUUCUGUUCCUCCUUUCUUGUGGACUGAAAAAUGGCAGGGAUGCUCUUAUUACUGCUGGCACAGGUGUUGUGGUGGCCAGCAACAUUCAAAAUAUUUUUCAUAAUCUAAAGGUUCUGGCAGACAGCAUGACCUGUCAUUUAAAGCACGAGCAAUUUGCCUUGAUAAAAUAUUAUGUUGAGGCAAUAACAUGGAUUUAUGAGGUGGCCAAGCUUCCUGUUGAGUUACCUGAAGAUGUAGCGGUCCUAAAGCACAAAUUCACACCAUCUUAUUCAAUUUCAGAUGAUGCAUUAAAACAAGAGCUAAAUGACACAGAGCAAGAAAUCCAGAGAAUUGCUAACCAGAUAUCUUUUAUGUUGACUAUACUGCCCUAUAUAGGUCAGAAGGUGUUGCCUAUAUUUGGGAUUUUUCUAGUUUCUUUUGGAACUGGCCUCUUUAUCAAAAAAUUUUUGGGCUCUCAUAGUACCAAAUUUAAGAAUAGUUAUAUCACAAAACAGUUCAUUGCAUUUGAUGAGGGCCAAAAGCAACAGCAAAGACCUUGUGUUCUGCCACUUAACAGAAAAGAGAGAAAAUAUUACAUGACAAUCCCAUCCUUCUUCUUCACAAGGAAGGACAGGAAAAAAAUGCUGUGUUCUUUUCUCCCUGUAAUUAUUCAUCUUUGCAUCUGGCUUCUGUUUACUGCAGUAGACACUUUGUUUUAUUUGUUAAUUAUUUCUGUGAACAAAUAUCUCCAAGAAGUACCGGAUCUACACAUUCAAGUCAGUCUCCUUCAGAAUGUAAAUUAACUAAAUAUUUCUCUGAAUGAGAAGACUGAUUCUUUCAAAAUCCCUUUGUUUAAGCGUAACUGCAUCCCUCAUCCAGAGCUCGCUCUCUCCACAGCAUGGAUUCAGCUUGGAGUUAUCAUCUUCUUCUUAAUAAUGUUUGGGUUAUUCUCUGGCCUCCUGACCCAACUUAAUAUACUUGUGUCAUCUUCUUUUUAUCCUGAUACUGAGAUGAAACGGAUACAUUAUUUACAUGCAAAAUUACUCAAAAAAAGAGCAAAGAUACAAGAGGAAACUGGGAAGAACAUGUUUGCCAGAACGGUGAACUUUUGGUUUCCAAUACUCAAGGCAAGAGAGGCAGUGAGGAAGAAAGAAAGGAGUGUAGCAGAAUGAAAGGAUGAUGUGAAAAAGACCAAGUAAAUAUUUGGAUAUGGCUGAGAUGCUGUAGCUCCACCUGUGUUUUACAUCAUCUUUCCCAUGGAAGGUCAAUUCUGAAAUGUAAAAAUCUCACACUCAAAGGCUGAGCAGCAGUAUUUUGGAAAAUAUGCCAUUGU